CAUGAAUAGUAUUGAGCCCCACCCACCUUAGAGCGCUAGUUAGCUAGCUUACAAAAAUGCCUGGAGCAAAGAGAAAGCUAUUAGAGAUAUGCAGCGAAUGCAAGCACUCUUCCAAGCCUGCUAUCAAUGCAGCCAAGCUGGGGCAUGCUCAAUGCCUCACCACUGCUUACAGAGAUCUGGGAGCCUUCAAUGAAAGGGAUGACUUUGGUGCCACGCCCAUACAUUUUGCUGCAAGGUUUGGGAAACUGGAAUGUCUUGAGUGGCUAGUUACAAGAAGUGGAGUCUCUCCUAACGCUGUCUCCAGGAAUGGAGCUACAGCUGCACACGAUGCAGCAGCAAUGGGGCAUUUAGGUUGUCUGCAAUACCUGCUCAAGACCACCAAGUGCUCAGUGCAUGACACCACCUCUGAGGGAGCUACAGUACUACACAUGGCGUGCAGGUUUGGGCGGCUGGACGUAGUCAAGUGGCUCAUGGAGUUCUCAGACUGUACCUCUGGAGAGAAGGGAGCUAACAACGUCACACCAGUGCAUCUCUGUGCGGCCAAAGAUCACCUGGACUGUCUCAAGUACCUAACUGGUCACUCUAGCUAUGUUGCCAAUGAGCAGACUGUUCAUGGUGCCACACCUCUCUACUUUGCUGCCCAGGAAGGAUGUGUGAAUGCCCUCCAGUGGCUAGUGGAGGAGGGUGGGGCUGACCUCUACCUCACAGCUUCUGAUGGGAUGUGUCCAGUACAUGCAGCUGCUCAAGCUGGUCAUAUAGCGUGCCUAGAGUACCUCGUGGAGAAGGCCUCUGUCCCUGUGAGACACAAGGCCAACGAUGGAGCAACUCCUGCUCACUUUGCUGCUGCCAGUGGACAGGUAGAGUGCUUGGACUGGAUCAUCAACCAUGGCGGUGCCUUCUAUGAUCGGGACAACCUAGGUGGUACACCAGCUCAUGAUGCAGCUGAGCAGGGACAGACCUCGGCACUCAAGCUCCUAUUGGAUCGUGGGGUGGACAUGGACACGGUUGACUAUGAAGGAUUGAAACCAUUGGACCUAGCACGGGACAACAACCAUGAUGAAUGUGUGCAACUGCUCUUUAGGACCAUCAAGCCUAAUCUACUAGAGUCACUCACUCCACACCAGAGCCUUAGUCGAGGUGCCACACGUGACAGUCAGACAUCAAUGGAGCAGGCAGCUAAGCAACGAGCGUUUGAGCAAGCCAUGUUAGCAGGCGUUCCAGUGGAGAAGAGGGAGGCUAUCUGGCAGAGAGCUCAACAGAAGGCAUCAUUUGUUGAGCCUGGCUUGAAGCAGAUCCUGGAUGGAGGUCCGUUGUCUGCCCCGCCCCUUGAGAGCACCCCCUCCUCCGUACACCUCACACCAGUCAGCUCAAUGAGACACUCCAGACACUCCACAAGGCUGGAUAACAAGGACGACCCGCUGAGUCUCAAGCCCCGCCUACCUCUCUCCCCCGAACUGUUUCAACACCCUCCAGCUAGUACUGGAAAUGCUGUGUCAGCAGAGAUGCAGAGUACAGCAAAGAAGGCUCCACCCACUCAACGGCCCACCUCCCCUCAAGCCAAGAAGCAACCACGAGCCACUGGACCCCCAGCAAAGGUGUCUGUAAAGAGACCCCCUCCCAAGAAACAAGUCAGGAGACCAACAUCACCACUCCCCAAGAAAGUCGCUACUAGACCAACAUCUCCCCCCAUAAAGAGGCCAACAUCACCCCCUGGAAAGAGGCCAGUAUCGAAGAUAUCAACAUCACCCCCCGCAAAGAGGCCAACAUCACCCCCUGGAAAGAGGCCAGUAUCGAAGAUAUCAACAUCACCCCCCGCAAAGAGGCCAACAUCACCCCCUGGAAAGAGGCCAGUAUCGAAGAUAUCAACAUCACCCCCCGCAAAGAGGCCAACAUCACCCCCUGGAAAGAGGCCAGUAUCGAAGAUAUCAACAUCACCCCCCGCAAAGAGGCCAACAUCACCCCCUGGAAAGAGGCCAGUAUCAAAGAUAUCAACAUCACCCCCCACAAAGAGGCCAACAUCGCCCCCCGGAAAGAGGCCAGUAUCGAAGAUGUCAACGUCGCCCCCUGCAAAAAGACCAACAUCAAAGAAGCCAACAUCGCCCCCCAUAAAGAGGCCAACGUCACCCCCCGGAAAAAAAAUACAAUCCCCCAAAGCUGUCAAAAGCCCUCCUAUGAAACGAGAGGUGAAGCGACCAGCUCCCAGCAAACCCCCUGCUAAGAAACCCCCCACUACAAUGAUCCCCACAAAGAGACCCCCCAGUAAGCGGCAGUCAUCAUCUUCCAAGGGGGAGAAGAAACGAACCUCUACGAACACUAAACCAUCGCAGCAAACUGAACUGGCGGUUGCCCUUAGCAACGUUCCUGGUGAUGUCACAACACAGGCGGCCAAUCAGAAGAUCGAGCAGUUGCUCAAUGACAGCUUGGUACCCCCUACCGCCGCAGAGGGGGGGGCACUAUCUGAGGAGAGGCCACUAUCUGAUGGAGGGUCACUACCUCUAGGAGAUGUGGAAGCAUUUGCUGAGAAGAUUGUGGAGCUAGUUAUUGAAGAGUCCAUUGGUAACCAAGGUAACCAAGAUAACAGCGCAAAGGAAGUUUCCACUGGCCACCUUGAAGGGGAAAUCCCUACUGUUGAAGGGGAAAUCCCUGUCUUGGAGGGGGAGGUGGUGUUACGGAGCAACAGCACGAGUGAGCAGCCUCCAGCGAGGAAGUCAGGGUUCAAGGAGGAGGCUGUCAUCAGUAAACCCCCUCUCAGACAAAGCCUCAAGACAGGAGAUGAAACGGUCACAGUGACCUUUAUUCCCAAAAGCUCUCAUAUCAAGACCCCCUUCCCUGUCACCCACCAUCAGCUGUUGACAGCAAAUGACCUUGAGUCCCCAGGGGCUAGUGAUACUGAGGGAGAUGCAAGGGACAGCUUCUUCACUACACCUGGAUACGAUCAUCUUAAUGCUGCUAACUUUGAUGACUUUGGAACUGCUGUUAAAGUACGACCUAUGGAGGUAGACAAAGAUAAGAGCGAAGAUAUGACACUUGAUCUGGAUGAAGACAAAGAAGCCACAGAUUGUCCAGUUGAUCUGGCCGAUGGUACUACCCACCAGAUACCUGAGCCUAGUGGUGACCCCAACCAGCCCGCUCCAACCAACCAGCUGCCUAGUGGUGACCCCAACCAGCCAGCUCCAACCAACCAGCUGCCUAGUGGUGACCCCAACCAGCCAGCUCCAACCAACCAGCUGCCUAGUGGUGACCCCAAUCUACCUGUAGAUACACCCACCCCUACUGAGCCAGCUCAGCUGCUUAGUAGGUGGAGCAAUACACAUAUCCUCGACAAUAUCGACUCCAUGGGCAAGAAAAAGGCAGUAAAUAACGACACGAUUGAGCAAAAGAAAAACGUUGGUUCUGAUGUGCUGAAGUUAAUGAAUCGUUUCCAAGACAACCGAAAAUCACAAGCCAAAGACGAGGCUACCAAAGCAGCCAAUCAGAUUGUAGCCAGUUCAGUCAGCGAUCGUCUCAAGAUGUUUGGGGGUGGCGUCAGUUUCCGCUCUGAAAACCCCGCUGAGCCCCCCUCUGGGGGUCGUGGUCGCUCUGAAUCCCCCGGUGACUCCCCCUGUGCCAGUCGUGAUGCCUCCCCCGGACACAGCAAGACACGACGUAGUUCCAGUGCACAGAGUGUGACAGCGUUUGAGACAAUAGCAGAGGAGAGUCCGAGUGGAGGAGAGGGGGAGGAUAAAGUGACCCCCCUGCCCUCUAUACAAUCAACCCCCAGCAGGAGGCACUCUGAGGAAAAGCUGCGAUUGGACGGACUCAAACUGGAAGAUCUUGUCAGUAGUAACAAGAAUGAGAGUAAUGGAAAUAAGAGCCCCUCUCCCCCGUCCCUGGGUCAGCGGCGGCACUCUGGGGGUGUGGUCAGUCCUCUCCUUAUCUCCUCAUCCCCUAAGACCAACAGAGCAUCGAUGCUAUCCUACAGUGGCUCUGAGGCUAUGGCAGUGUACAUGAACUCAGCUAGACUACCACACCUCGACCAUCUGAGAGAGAGGAAUGACAGGGAGGUGGGCAUCACCGUGGAUACGAGGGUGGGGCUACUCCUGGCACAGCCUAGAAUGACGGGGGACAAAGUUCCUGUCGAGUUCAGGUCUGUUGAUUUUGGGGACAAAGGAAAACUUCAUGUCUGGAAACAGAAGGCUGGCAGUCUCAACAAGCUUGCUUCUCUCGACUCACUCUCUUUUGAACCCAAGGCAGUGUUCCUGUUCCUCCACACACCCACACACGGCCCACACAUCCACACAGUGUAUGUGUGGGUGGGUGCUGGUGUGAGUCACUUUGCUGUCCAGUCUGCCUACCAGCACACCAUGAGGCUCAUUCAGUGCACACCAGGGAGACCCCUCAUCAUCAAAGAAUUCCAAGGUCAUGAGUCCGCUGGGUUCCUGGCGGCCUUGAGGAACGCAGGGAAACAACCAUCUGAGUUCCAUCAGAGCUACCUCAAUGCUAACCUUAAGACCAGUGCACUUGUUGUGUAUAAAGACUCCUCCUUUAAGACCCUCACUGCCCCCCUGGACAAGCUGACCUCCCCUGCCCUCCUGGAUACUGCCGUAGGGCUGUGGGUGUGGUUACCUGCCUCCUACUGGGGACAGUCCCCUCUAGAGAUAUCAGAGCUUUACAUAUCACAAAAUAACUACCCCAAGUGGACGCCCGUCACCGUGGUUACAGAGGGGGUGGAGGCCCAAGAAUUUGCAGUUCACUUCUCAUCAUGGCCGUGGGUAGAUCUGUCCAAGGGUCAAAGGUCGUCUGAGCUGCAUCUACCAGAUGUGCGACCUCCACUAGUCACCUAUCCAGCCACUGGGCAAAUCAAGGCAUGGCGACUGGAGGGUGGUGGGCUGACUCCAGUGGACCUGGGAGAGCUGGGUGUGUUCCGGUCCACAUCACUCUACCUAGUUCAGUACUGUUACCUCAAGCAGAGUCAGCUGUACACCUGGAUGGAGGGGGCGGUGUACGUGUGGGUGGGUGCGGGACUAGCAGGGAACAGGAGGGCCCUCGUUAACCAGGCACUCAACAAAGUGGAGUCUGUUACAACCACUCAACUGCCGGUGGUGAUAGUGCCUGAAGGGUUGGAGACUGGACAACUGCUCAACCUCUUCAAGGGAAAGUGUAUCAUCCACAAGAGCACACAGGAGAAUGGUGUUGGACUGUAUCGUGUGUCAGGGACCAGUCUACUCACCAUGAAGGCCGUGGAGGUAACUCCGCCCACUGUCACCUCACUCAACUCUAGCCACACCUUCAUUCUUCGUGGCCGAGAUGGGGUGUGGUUUGUGUGGGCGGGACAGUUCUCAAGUGCGGCCCAACGGAGAGGUGCCCUCAUAAUUGUCAAGACACUCGCUGCUGACUCAACAAAGCCUGUUGUUAAACUAGCGGAGGGUUUGGAGACGGGAGAAUUCUGGGCAGAGCUUGGAGGGAAAGGGAGACAUGCGCACUUUGACCCCCAGUGCAGUCCCCCCUACCUCCUACCGCACUUGUAUGACUGUGAGAGUAGUAAAGAUACGACGCUCUUCAUUAGCCAAUCACCCACUAGCAGGGGGGACCUCAAGAUUGACCACGCUUACUUACUCUCGUACAAGGAGCAGCUGUUUGUGUGGACAGGUGUUGACUGGAAGGGGAGAUCCCCUCUUCUGUUGGUAGAGGCCUACCUGUGUCAGUACAGGUCGCGUCAAUCAGAAGAGCAGUGUUUGGUGACACUGGUCAGUGGAGGGAAGGAGGGAGAGACUUUCUGGAGGUGGUUUGAUAUACAGAAUCCCGGAGUGACUCCGCCCCCUGAGGUUCCAGUCAUGAAUAUAGCCCCGCCCCCCUCUGAGGACUUUGACCCCUCAGACAGCAUGGUGGCUGUUGAAGAGCACACAGAACACACACCAGCUCCUGUUGAAGACCUCCCACCAGGACCUGUUGAAGACCCCCCACCAGGAACCUCAAUGGAGGAUGGGCGUCCAUUGUCCCUCACACCAUCGCAAGUGGUCACUGUUGAGAGAGUGGAGACUCUCCAAUCAGAGCUGACAGACCUUGUAGAGGCUGAGGCUAGUGUGAGCUGUGAUGGUGUGGAGGGGGAGGCUAGUGUGAGCUGUGAUGGUGUGGAGGGCACCUCCCCCUUGAGAACGAGUGAGGCCAUUCAGCAAAUGUCUGAACUGGUCAAUGGACUGGACAACAUGAUACAGAUUAGUGCCACGCCUCCUCAAGAAGCCACACCCACUGGUAUAGAGUGUGCGGAGGCAAGCUCUGUUUCACUGCAAGUACCACCUGUAGACAGUCUGCUGGAUACUCCCGAAGAUGAUAACUUGCCCACUCCACCGCCAGUCAUCAAGAAGAGUAAGAAGCAGUCCCUACCACCAUCUCCUGCCCCAUCUCCUGCCACACCUCCUGCCACACCCCCACCACUCUCUAUGUUGGUGGAGGUGGAGGUGGAGGCAAAGGGCGUGACAGUGGAGGUACGGGUGAGAGAGAAGGCUCCUGUCAUCACUCUCAUGUUUAGAGCUGCUCGCUCUGCAGGACUCUCCCUCACUACCAACUCUGCUCUCUUUGAGGUGGUCCCGUCUCUCAAACUAUAUCGCUCCCUAGAAGACCAUGUGCUGGUACGAGAUGUGAUAGCUGUCUGGCCUAAGAAAGAUCGACCUAAAUUACUUCUGAGGGAGUUUGCUACUAAGAAUGUCCUGUGGAGUGACAACCCUCCAAUCUCAGGCAGAGAUAUCAGUGCUUAUGUAAAGAAGGGGACUGUACCACAAGUGAGCUCCAAGCUGUUGUACAGCAAUAAGGGGGCGGGGCGUCUUCCCUGGAAGGAGGGGAAGUUCUCAUUGAGGACUCUUGGUAUCUACACUGUCACACAGUCCAAGAGGAAGAACAGUAGCGAAGUGUCACUGAUGACAAGUUUAGACCACACCCUCUACAUCCCACUAGUGGUAGAGGGGAACUACUACACGACAGCUACACCCUACACCUUCAUCAUGAAGCCUCCCAACUCUUGGCGUGAGAAAGACCUGACAUUCUACAGUGCCCCCAGCCUGCCAGUCAUGUCUCAGUGGAUCCAUGUCGGGAGGCUGUUCAAGCAUGGGGUUCAGCUGAAGGCCAACUACAUUGCCAUGAAGACUAGAGUACAGAAACAAGACAGGAAGGAACAGGAACAACCAUAACCUAGCACAAACUAAUUAACCAUGCAACCUAUGUAUAACUAAGUAAUAAUAAUUAUUAUGACAUGCAUUAUAAUUAUGAUUAUUUUACUUGACAUUACGUGUUCCAAAACUUUUAUAAUAAUUAUUGCUAUUGUGUGAA